CACGUGGUUACGGAAAUGAACACAUGCCAAUAGCGUAAGCUUUCUGGAAUCUACUUUGUGUGAAAUUAUUCGUGAAAUACACUAAUAUUUGAGUUGUCCAACAGCACAGUUUCUUGGACAGCAUGGCAACAGAUGCUAAAAGACUCAAGGUAGAGAUAUGGUUUAUUUUGCUAAGCUACAUACUUGCCAGCGAUGUUGGAAAACGCGUUGUUGCUAGUGAUGCGACUAGCUAGCUAGCUCUUGGGUACACGAUUUCAAGUUAUGAAUGCUAGCUAGCUUGCAAGUUACCAACCCUUAGGAUUAAGUAACUAGCUAGCUAGGUGAAUAAGAAUAUUUGAUAGUGCAGUUUUUUCACGUGUCAAUAUGUUUAAUCCUACCAGCCUGCAUCAUUGGUUAUUGUGGUUCGCUGUAGCUCAGCUGGUAGAGCACGGCGCUUGUAACGCCAAGGUAGUGGGUUCGAUCCCCGGGACCACCCAUACACAAAAAUGUAUGCACGCAUGACUGUAAGUCGCUUUGGAUAAAAGCGUCUGCUAAAUGGCAUAUUAUUAUUAUUAUUAUUUGUUUCCUGUGUAGACAGAGGGCAGCGACCCUCUCCAGAGCUUCCUGCAGUGGUGUGAAGGAGUGGGGCUGAAACUCAACAACAAGGUAAUCAGAAAGUGUAUAAAGACAUUGUCUGCAAUUUGUAAAAAGCCCUAUACUUCAAAGACCUACGGGAGUAGUCCCCUGUAGCUCAGUUGGUAGAGCAUGGCGCUUGCAACGCCAGGGUUGUGGGUUCGUUUCCCACAGGGGGCCAGUAUGAAAAAAAAAAUGUAUGCACUCACUAACUGUAAGUCGCUCUGGAUAAGAGCGUCUGCUAAAUGACUAAAAUGAGUAUUGGGGGUGGAACUAUUGCUGUGGGUUCUGUGUUAAUGGUCAUUCAGUUGUGUUUAUUCUCUAAGGUGUACAUCAGCAAGGAGGGCACAGUGGCAGAGUAUGGCAUGCUGGCUAAGGAGGACAUAGAUGAGGGAGAGUUGCUCUUUACUAUACCCAGAACGGCUCUUCUUCAGCAAGGCACCACCAAGGUCCUGGCUGUGCUGGAGGAGGGUGAGACUGCAACACACACACACACAUACACACACCUCUUGUCGGAGGCCUCCAAAGAAAACAUCUGGUCCUCCCUAGGUAAAGCAUCUCUGGAGAACACGUCCGGCUGGGUACCCCUCCUCCUGGCUCUGAUGUAUGAGUACACAUCUCCCCAGUCCCACUGGAGGCCUUACCUAUCCCUCUGGCCUGACUUCACAGCUCUGGAUCACCCCAUGUUCUGGUAAGGGCAAACACAUACAGUAUGUUCUAAUAUUCUUGAGUUGAGUAAACUUUUGCAUUUGAGUAUUCUGAGUUGUAUUUUGUGGAUGUGAUUUGUAGGUCAAAGGAUGAGCGGGACAGACUCCUGAAGGGGACAGGGAUCCCAGAGGCGGUGGACACUGACCUCACCAACAUCCAGAAAGAGUACAAAGACAUCGUCCUACCUUUCAUCACGUUACACCCUGACCUGUGGGACCCAGCGAGACAUACACUGGACCUCUACAGAAGCCUGGUGGCUUUUGUCAUGGCUUACAGGUAUGGCUGCAUGGCUCAGGCACCAAGGAAAGUAUGAGGAGGAGUGGGAUGACUGCCUUUCUACUAAGCUGCUUGUACAUUUAUGAUUUUGUCAUUUCUCGCAACAUAUAUUGCAGAGGUCUUCACGGGUUUAAAAAGUUGGACCCGUUCUGAACUUGAUCCGUGGCUUUCCCACACGACCAGAUAUGCAUAAAUUAAAACAUUGUAAAACCGAGAUCUGUUCAGAAUGGACCUGAGGACAGUCAGACCAGUUCCAAAAGGGCCUGUGGAAAAACAGACCCCCCCCCCCCCCCCCCCCCCCCGAUGUGUAGCAUAUUCAAAAUGUUAUAACCUAUUGUUACUUUCCUAAAACAAUAAUUGUCCACCUCAAGGUUCAGCUGUCAGAGAUUUGAGUGCUAAAUACAUAAUCAAGGCAUUGCAUGCAUAUAGGCAUCCACUGUAUGAUAUUAAUACUUAAAAUAUAAAGCAAGAGAAGCCCUAGAGAGACCAAGAGAAAGAUAGAGAUAUGCCAGCGGCAUAUUCCCGACACCGACAUGCAUUUCUUUAUACUACUGCUAUAGAGAUAUAGGCGUACAGAAGGAGGCUAAUUCGUUAAUUUUCUAUCCAAAUAUUUUUUAAAUAAAUAUAAAGCAUUAUAUGGUUAGAUUAAAGGAGUAACUCUGGUAGGCCUAAAACAUUCUUCCUCGCCUCAAGUUCAACUGUUAGUCAGUUGGAACGCUGUUGCGCACUGCCUUCAUAGGCCUGCAUAGCUAAGCCUAAUAAAAGCCAUAACACACUAAACCUAAGUCAUGUCAUUGGGAAAAUACAAACAGGUUAUUAUAUUGCAUCUUGCCCUCUUUUGGUUUUUCCUUUUCAUGGUGUGAGUGUGAUUAGGCCUAAUGGUAAUUCUAUUAUAUUGCGGCUAACACAUGAACUUAAUUUGGCCAAAGAAAAUGGCUCAACAGACUUAAACAAAACACAGGUUGCAAAGCCUAUUUAAAGAACUGGUUUAAACCUUCACAAAGGUUUUGAACAGGCUAGGCCUAUCUUGCUGAAAUUACCAACAAAGCGAGUGCCUACCGUAGGUCUACCCAAUAAAUUACAGCAAUAGGCUAAUGCUUUUUGUUUUACAACAGGCCUACUUUUAACCUUCAACUAAAUACGUAGAACAAAAUUAAAAAGACAGGUCGAACAUAAUUUUGUCAACAAAAAUGUAUCAACAAAAUGAAACACUUUUUUUUAUAUAUAUAAAGAACUGGUUUAGAUUCUUAAAUAUGCCUACAAUAAUAAUAAUGAUAAAACAAAUGAUAAUAGAUACGAAAAUAAAUAAAAGUUAGAAAAAUGUUGGACCCGUGAAGACCUUACACUUCAGAGGUGCAAAAUGUAAAAGUUGACAGUACUUCUAUGUAUAGAUCAAUAUCUUUGUAUUUACAAUUUAAACCCAUAUUUGUAUUAUUCAUUUUACACAAAUCACUGAUAAAGCUGAAGUGUAACUGGAUAACCAAGCUAAGGAACAGCAACUUAUUAAAACUUUGCAGAUGUGUUUUGGGGGAAGCAGGCUUGUUUCUGGCAGCAUACAUGCAACCCAGAUUCUCCAUAAUAUUCCUUCAAAUAACAUUUUAUUUGCCACAUGCACCGAAUACAACAGGUGUAGACAUUACCAUGAAAUGCUUACUUACAGCCCUUAACCAACAAUGCAUUUAUUUUUAAAUAAAAAAGUAAAAUAAAACAACAGUGUUGAGAAAAAAAGAGCAGAAGUAAAAUAAAAUAACAAUAUGGAGGCUAUAUACAGGGGGGUACCGGUGCAGAGUCAAUGUGCGGGGGCACCGGCUAGUUGAGGUAAUAUGUACGGUACAUGUGGGUAGAGUUAAAGUGACUAUGCAUAAAUAAUUAAGAGGAGCAGCAGUGUAAAAAGAUGGGGUGGGGGGGCAGUGCAAAUAGUCCAGGUAGCCGUGAUUAGCUGUUCAGGAGUCUUAUGGCUUGGGGGUAGAAGCUGUUGAGAAGUCUUUUGGACCUAGACUUGGCACUCCGGUACCGCUUGCCGUGCGGUAGCAGAGAGAACAGUCUAUGACUAGGGUGGCUGGUGUCUUUGACAUUUUUGAGGGCCUUCCUCUGACACCGCCUGGUAUAGAGGUCCUGGAUGGCAGGAAGCUUGGCCCCAGUGAUGUACUGGGCCAUACGCACUACCCUCAAAAGCCACUCCUGUGAUUGGGAGAUGAUUUCCACACACCACAACCCUCUUGUGUGAUUGGGUGAUUUCCACACACCACGGAACCUAACAUAGCAGGUGUAAAAUAAACACCCGAAACUAGUUCCUCUAGUCUACAUACUGGUCUGUCAGGAGGUAUUCUUCUGCACUGUUCAACCAAUCCAGUAAAGGUGGAGGAGUAACGCCUUGUUAAUGUCCAAAUGUGAAAGUCCUGUGACUAUCAUCACAGGCUCUUUUCCAUUUCCCCUGAAAACCGUAACGUCCGGUUGUUGGGGACUCGGCAGAGGCUACACCCCAGGUGAGACCAGUGUUUUACUAUACAGUACUAUGAGGAAAAACUUAAUGGCUGUUUAAACAACAUUCACCUUCUCCCUCAUUACUUGUCCUGCUUCAUGGUCCAUUACGCUUUGGAGUUGAUUUACUUUUCAAGGAUUUGUCCUAUUUCAGUGUUUUGACGCUUUUGCAGUGCUACUGAUUCUCUUCGAAGUGCUGAUCAGCUUGCUGUUUGGGCCUGAAUAUAAUCCAAUCUGUUUCUCAUUUCCUCCCUUUCUUCCCCUGCAGUUUCCAGGAGCCCCUGGAUGAGGAUGAGGAGGAUGAGAAGGACCCCAAUCCCCCCAUGAUGGUGCCCAUUGCGGACAUGUUGAACCAUGUGUCAAAUCACAACGCCAAUCUGGAGUACACACCUGUGAGUAAAACACUCCUACAUUCGGUUCACGAAUCCUAUAUAGUGGGUGUAUAGCAAGAAUAUGAUAUGUCCUUUUUCUCUCUGCAUUCACAGGAGUGUUUGAAGAUGGUGUCAGUGCGAAGUAUCCGGAAAGGAGAGGAAGUGUUCAACACAUAUGGCCAGAUGGCCAACUGGCAGCUCCUACACAUGUAUGGCUUUGCCGAGCCAUAUCAAAGCAAUAGCAACGACACUGCAGACAUACCCAUGUCCAAUGUAUACAAAGCAGCUGUGCAAGGUGACUACUGAUCAGACAUGCUGUCUAGGGGUGGAUAGACAACUGACACACAUUUUGUUAAUGCACUACACAUACUGAAUCAACCCAAAUUAGAGCCCACACUUCUAAAUUAUCCUUAUGGUUUUACUUUAACACGUUCAUCUGUUUCUGCCACAUCUCAGUGACUCGGUCUGAAGCUGAACAGCGCCUCCUGGUGGAGAAGUGGAGUCUGUUGUGUGAGAUGGAGAUGGUGGGAGACAAGGGAGUCUUUAUCUUCGGAAAGUCAGGGUCCCUCACCGACACAGAGAUGUACACAACACUCAAGGUAACCAUGACAAACACUAGAGCGCAUAGUUGUAUAUUCAAGACUAUCCAGUAUACAUUGCUGUUUGCCUCUCCCUAGAUCCUGUGCAUGUCAGUGGAGGAGUUUGAGGACUUCAGAGAGAACGAAGGCUGGGAGGAGGCAGAUGAUGACGACGAGGAGAAAAUGUUGCAGGCACUCUCCAACGAGGGUCUGCCUAGUCUGCCCCCUCUCUGGAGGCGUCUGGUGCACGCUGCAGCCCGCUUCACACUGGACUCCUACGGGGAGGACAUGCAGAAGGACAAGGUGCUGCUGGAGGAUAAAGAUGGCUAUGCUAAACUGAGCAGCCGGCAGAGGAGAGCACUGCAGGUCCGCUACGGCCAGAAGACUAUCCUGCACCAGCUUCUGGAGCUCACCAAACCAUGAAUAACCACUGAAUCCAUGCCAAAGCACUCCCUGAUUUAUGACCUCCACUCAAAACAAGCCUAAAGGGGCUAGGCCUAGCCACUGGCUAUUGUAACUGAACAUAUUUGGAAAACACAACUGAUUUAACUGUAUCCUUGUGAAUUUGUAUGAGACUGAUGAGCUAUGGCUUCGAGACUGUUGGAAGUACUGCUCCAUACAAGGUCCUUCACGGGUCACUAAGUUACCCAAACCGGCAAUGGACUGCAGCUGUCGCGUGAACUGCUCAUGUUAAACAUUACAUAUCGUUUUACCUGUUGUAAUGUACAUUGUCAUGUUUUGCAUAAUAAAAUUAAAACAGCAGUCUUUGUCAUCGGAGGGAAAAAAACAAAUGCAGUUCAAUUGUUUAAUGAGUUUAACUACAGUAUGCAUACAUACA